GUUACUAUAUAACGCUCAGCCUUUUGGAUCAUACCCCGACUAUCUAUCCAGAGAUUAAUCUAUCCAGACACACAGAAAAGGAGAAACUGGACAUUAUUAUAGGACAAAAUAUGGAUCCUGUCAGAUUUUGCUAUCAAAGCAUUUGGUCUCAGCUGUAACAAAGACAAAGUAAAAAUGAAAAAAAUAACAGAAAACAGCUCAUUGGCCAAGCAUCAUUAAAUUCAAAAAGUAAAGAACUCUUUGCACAUCCACAAUGUCUGAUAAUAGUAUAUUCAAGAGACUGAAUGUCCGUGCAAUGGGCAGGAUGGCAAUUCGAAAGAAGAAAAAUGGAAAUUUGGAUUUGAGUGAAAUGAAACCUUUAAAACCACCGCAUUUGGAAAAUACCUUCCAGCUUGCUCCUUCACAACGUUUUAUUCCUCAUUGUGUCGAGGGAAUCAUUAAAGACAUCAUGCUAGCAGAGGAUCUUGCCAAUGCCAUCUAUAAUGCAGAGGCAGCACCAUCUCUUGUAAAAAAAAUGUCUGAUGAAAUCAAAGAGAAACUCAAGUUGCUGUAUUGGAAACGCUACAAAUACGUGGUUCAUGUUUUGAUUGGUCAAAAUCUUAGCCAGCAUUUCAUGAUGGCUAGUCGUUGCCUUUGGAAUGAAGAAGUCGAUAAUUUUGUUGUUGUCAAAUAUAACAACUCGAAUCUGUUUGUCAUUUGUUCUGUGUUUGCCACUUAUUUGGAGUAGAAUCCAUUUUGAAACCAAUAAAAGUGAAAGAAGAGAUGCAAAGGAAAUAAAUAUGACAAUAACCUGA